GCAAAAUGAUUUCACUCCACUUUGCAAUAUUCUGUGUUUUCUUCGGACCCAGCAGCUGUCAAAUUAAUUGCAUCCCAGAAACUGUGGAUGAGACAAAGUUUUCAGUCAACGUAACAGAGCACAUCAGAGCGGAGUCUAUCGACUGCAUCGUAAUCCCACACAAGGUGACAUUUCCUCCAGUCAAAGUGGCAGCCCCCUACAAAAAGAUGUUAUUUCAGGGCGAUCCAUCAAACGUCGUUGACAAAAAAGUUGUCUACGGUGCAGAUUCUGACAAAGAAGAUUCAUUCUCGUUAAAAAAUCUUCCUCGUGGAGAAUAUGAAUAUGGCUUCAAACUGGAAUGGGGGUGUAAUCAAGUUUACAUUUUCCCAAAGAGAGUCCACGUCUCUGUUUUACCAUUAGCAACUAAGCCGAGUCUUUUGGUUCCUCUUUUGACGGAGGAACGCUCGGAGCUGAUCUGCAGCGUCCCCAAGCCGUGCUCACAAGGACUCCGAGUUUACUGGAAAUGGACGAAGGCUGACGGACAAUCUGUGGUACUCAGCGACUAUCGCUACGGGAGAUUUGAUCAGUGGUUUUAUGGAUAUAGAGAUACUUUGCGCAUUAAUCCCACAGCACAUCAUCACAACACCAACAUCACAUGUAUGGCUGAAUAUGACAAUGACUUCACGGAAACAACUCUCACUUUGAACGUGAAAUUUAAACCUCAGAUCUCGAAUGACUCUCACUGCCUGGUUAAAGGCGAGCUGCUGGUCUGCGUGUGCAUCAGUUGGGGCAACCCUCUGCCGCCGAUCUCUUGGCCUUUGGAAAACCUCACGGCUUUCUCAGUGACUACCUUGAGGAUUGCUCAGAGAGUGAGAAGCACUUUCACAAUGCCUGCGUCUGAAUACUAUAACGCCACUGUAAAAUGCACCAGCAGCAAUGAGCGCGGUCUGGCUGAAACCUCAAUUAUAAUUCAUAACUCCGAAGCGAGCACGGAGCCAAGCACUGUUCCAGGCGAAAGGAAGGGGAUGGAUUCAGCUCUUCCCUGGAUAGCCGGGCUGUGUUUCUCUCUCAACCUGGUCUUCAUUACUGCCCUGAUUAUCCACAUUUGUCAAAGAAGGAGUGAUAAGCAGAAGGAACAGAGCGAAGAGAUUAACACUUACAUGUCUCUGAAAAAGGCAGACAUUGAGGAAGAAUACAGCGUCAUUUCUGCAAAGCCCAAACGAAACCCGCAAGUGUGAAGCUACCGAGAUGCUUCAAGACACAUAAGAGAAGAAAAUGCAAAACAAAACUGCUAUGUGUUCUUCAAGGAUUGCAUGUGGUUGACCAAGAAAAAUGAAAUAAAAAGAUAAUGGCACGUUUAGCAAAUUUAAAUCUACAAAGUGUGAUGCACAUUUUUAUUCAGCUGAACAAACAGCCUUCAAGAGACCAAGAGACGGCAGAUGGGUCAGAGAAAAAGUUACAUAGUUUGUUGGGUUACCAGGAUCAGAAUUUAUUGGUUAAAUAUUGUGUGUACAAACAAGUAAUUUGACUUCUGUUACAAGCGCAGACAGCGUGCAGAGUGUAAAUAUAUAAAUUGCACAGAAAAUAAAGAAUUAAAAACAAAUGGAUAAUAUCACCUUAUGGAAGGAUGUUCAAUACAUCAUCUAUACGUACUAAACAACUGCAAGCAUAACAAGACAUGCAACUGGAAAGCUGUUGUUGAAAUAUGAACAAGCCCUGUUUGCACUCUGCCACAUCGAGUGGUAGAGCGAAACGUCACAGAACAGAGCAAUUACGAAUCAGAGCCACUUUCAGUCUGUCAAAGUUGCAUUUAUGAGUUUGCUGUAAAUAAAUCGAAAGCUAUACAAUUGUGCUGCCAGAUGAGCUGGUAGCUUGUCUAUCGAAACUAUAAAAACAGUGAGCGAGUGGAAAAGACGACGCAGCGCCCUGAAUGCACCACAGUCUUUCUGCCUUCCACUCUCCACCUGCAUGUGUUUUGUUGCCAUUUUGGCUCUCAACAAUCUUCGUACAUCAGGAGAGUGUCUGCAAGGCAUUGUAAGUCAUUUUCUUUGAUUUAGUCAAGUCAGAAAAUGGUUAAGAAAAACUCAUUUCAAAUGUCAAAAUAUAACAAUCUCUGUUUGGAAUAAUGUCAACUUUUAAGGAAACACUCAGUGGAUACUGAUUGCUAUGAAGCUCGUUCACAACCAAUGAGCUUGCUGCUGCUGUACAUUCACAUUG